AUGACAUGGAGCACCUAUAAAAGCCAUAAUACAAUUAAAUUUCUCAUAGCCAUUGCUCCUAAUGGAUACAUUAUGGACAUUUCUCGAGCUUAUGGUGGAAGGGCAAGUGAUAAUUUCAAUACCAAAUCAUCGAAAUUUCUCAGCAAGUUGUUACCAUGUGAUGAAGUUAUGGCUGAUCGUGGUUUCACGAUAGGUGAUGAAUUGUUUGCUCGACGCGUAAAACUUAAUAUUCCUGAUUUCAUGAAGGGCCGCAAACAGCUUACAGAGAAGGAAACCAUUAACUCGAGAAGAAUAGCGUCUGUUCGCAUUCAUGUGGAGAGAGCUAUUGCUAGAAUAAAGACUCACAGAAUUCUUAAUACAACUAUAACUGUGCAAUCCAUGAAAUAUAUUAAUCGUAUUCUUACUGUAUGUGCUGCACUUUGCAAUCUUCAUGGUGAACUUAUUAAGGAAGAACACAUUGAUUAA